GUCAUUGUUGGGGUAUUUUCAAGAUGGCGCAGGACUGUGGCCGGGAUGCCGCUACUGUAGUCAGCUAAACGUUGAGGGAUUUCAUUAAUCUUCCAGCCUCGCGUCGACGUUUACUUAGCAACGCUUGUGAAAUAUUGUUGUUUAAGGCGCAAGAAAGUAACAUGUUACAGCCAGUGGUUGUCAGGUAACGCUGAAGUUUGCCCUGGCUAAAAUGGUAGCCCCUUCCUCCAAGAACAACAAAACCUGCUGCUGCUGCUGCGGAGCUCGGCCGACGGGGCAGGAGGACUCGAUGCAGGUUGUCACGCCCGGGCCCGAGGCUCGCCUAACGGACUGAGUGGUCAUGGAAACGACGGGGGAGAACGGAGGGUCUUUAGCAGUCGACUUGAACGAGAACGAAGAAAAGGGAGGUGGUGGUGGUGGAGGAGGGGGAAAAGCGGGUGGGAAACCUUACAUUGCGGUCCAAGAUCACAGCACGGCACUGCUGGUUGGUGUCAGCGGGGGCCAGGAAGCCGGGAAGGGUCAGUUUUACGUGACCGGUAACGGGAGGAAUGUAAACAGAGACCCUUCAGUGCGGUCGUCACCACACAAGAAGGAGAUAAUGCUCGAUUUGGUCGCGGGGGAAAGAUACCUCCCCGGGCAGUUCACUGAUAACUGUGUGAUUUCUGGGGUCCACGGCGGCCUGAACGGAUUCACUGAGUCAUUCUGUGAGUUGGAGACGACAAUGGUCGGACUGGAAGAAGGAGGAGGAGGCGUACGAGAAAGGGAAGAAGAAGGAGGAGGAGGAGGGCUCGGCCUCACAGGGACCACAGCCGCUUCCUGUCCAGCUGUGCCCGGGACUCGGGUUGCAUUGGAUACGGGUCGACAGAUGCGACAGCAGCCUGUGGGGGAGAAGGAGGGUGACACCGGAGACCCCGACGACGUUAGCCCGUCGGAAGAGUCGGCUGGAUGCAUCGGGACUUCAGCACUUCUUGAUCGGUUGCCAUGCACGGGGAGGCACCAGCGGAACUGCGCCUGCACCGCAGCUGUUCUCGCGGGUCCACAUGUAAACAUGCCCAACGGGGAUGUUGACAGCUUGGGGCACGGCGGUCCAGAAGCUGACAUAUCUAAGAGCAAAUCGACGGGGAUGUUUUCCAGUCAGCUUCUUGACGAGAGAUUUGGUUCAUGCGACGUGGACUGCGAGGAAGUGAAAGUAGCUAACGGUGGUUUACACAUCGUGACAACCGCCAGAGAAACAUGUGACUUGCAAGACUCGGACAUUGAUUUGGAUCUGGGGCUUGGGCAGGACAACGGGGCAGUUUGUCCCAGGAGUAGAGGGGCCUUCGAGGGGACAUUGGUCUCCCAGUACCCUGUGGAGGAGGCACCAACCCCGGCAGAGCUCAAUCACUCCAUUGGUUCUCUCGACCCAUCCCCGUCCAAGGACUCUUCCUCCCUGGAAUCAAGUGCCAAACCCCCCUCACCCUACCUGCCCUCCUACCCCGACGUGAACGGUGACAGCCCGCUAUCUGAACCCAACAUCAGAGAGGAAGAGGAGGACUUCAACGAUCUGAGUUUACCAGUUAGGCCGCAGAGUUUGAGGACUAACCCUAACCUCGCAUUCUCACUUAGCUGUGAUGCCACCCCGCUGUCCCCAGACGAGGAUGGUGGCUUUUAUUUCGGAGACGACAGUUACGAUGAGGACUUUAGGAACGUUUUGGAGGCGGGUCGUAGGCAGAGCGCCCCGGACAAGCUGCCAGACCUGACCGAGCAGACUGACAGCUCGGACCCGAAGCUGAUGCCAAAGAGGUUCGGCAUCGCUGAUUUCUUCACCAGGUAGAUCCAGUGUUUACACUCUUUAUCUUUUUUAUCUCUGUCUGAGUACUCCUCUGUCUAGGUCUGUCAGGUGGUAAGCUUUUUAGCAUACAGUCCAGUGAUGUGUUGGGUGUAAAAAAGGUCAACAACCUUUGUAUGCAGCAAACCAAACCACUAAAUCCCAACAUCUGAAAAGACCCUUUUAGGACCUGUUAUGAAGCAGGACUGCUCUUGCAUCACACAAAUAGACUUAAAGAGACUUCAGAAUAUGAAAAGAAAAAAAGUAUUCAGGCUCUUUCAGAUUUUAAGAAGAUGGAAACAAAAGUGAAGCAAGAACUGAAGUCACAAAUCCCCCUGCUUUUGGCAUCCCCCUGACUGUGAGGGACACAAACCAGGGUUUAUCUCAUGGAUGUUUAAGUGUUCAAAGCACUCUUAUUUUGAACCAACGCCUGUGUUUUUUGAGCAAAAUGAUCCAAUCAUGUGACUAAACAUACAAUCCACAAACAACAGAUAUAGAUCUGGGUAUGUCAAAUAUGUAUGCCCUGAAAAUGUGCAGCUGUGUUUGAUUUGAGCCUUAGCAACAGGCUGUGGUCAGACAUGAGCAGGUGAAAAACACACUGUUGCUCUGGAACAUAAGGUUAGCAGUGGCAGACAAAAAUCUGUAUUUCACAAGAAAAUAAAUAAUUUACAGUUAUUGAUUUACCUCACAGCAUCCCAAAUACAACCACUGACUAUAAAUUAAUACUUUCUGAUUGACAAGCUGCCCCCACCCACUUUGAAACAGGUGGCAAACUGGUGUGUCUCUCAGGCAAAACAUCUGCACAAGAAACUGCGAUCUAAAAAAUUCUCAAGUAUAUCUAUUGGAGAUGUAGAAACAGGUGCACCUCCAGUCUGGACUGUUAUAAAUGUGUGCACGGUUUGGAUCUUUGCAUUCAAACACACCCUUGUCAUCUGCCGUCUCAGCCAUUUAUUUCAGGCACCCACCAUGUGUCCUCCUCCAUCUGGUCUGGAUAUUAUUAAAUCAAGAACAGAUCCCAGGUUGUAAUGAGGUCCUGGCAUUCAUUCAGCAAGCACAAACAUGACAAAUGGAUUUCAUUGUGAUUUAACCCUUUGCACUUGAACGGUCUUUUUGGUUGGUCAGUGUCGAGGUCAGCCCGGUUAGUAAAAGUCAUUAAUAAAUUGAAGGUGAAGCCCGUAAACAGAUAAGGAAAUGGAGAAAACCCACAUUCACAGAAUUUGGUAAAUAACCAUUGGCCGCUUAAAACACAGUUUUGCACCAAGUUGAAUUUAAAUUAAGAAUUUUUUGCAAUAGAUGUUGAAAUUAGUCUGAAAAAUACUGACAUAGAAUGACCCCUAAUUUAUUGGUCUGGUUUUAUAAUGAUACAUUUCAGAAGGUGAUUUGACCAUGUGACAUUCAUCCACAGUUUUCAGCUACAGCGUAGGGCCUACAGCUGUGCAAUUGGUUUCAUGCAGAUCAUGCCCCACUUCCCUAUAUGUUCAGUAAGUGAUACAGCAAGCCUCAGUGAGCAUUGACUCAGCGCAGCCUCUUUCCUCAGGGCCUAGCACACAUUCACUGCUUCCUCUGCUUUCUAUUUCUAAGGCAUCAGGGCUGCUGCUUCAUCACACCAUUUAACCUCUGCACUGCUGCUACCACCCUGCAGCACACAUCUUGUGACUGUACAACUGCCAAGGGAAAAAUAAAAGCGUAUUGAAAUUUCUAAGAUAGUUGAUGAUUCGGGACCAGUCUUUUCAACACUUACAGAUAGUUUGAAAAAAAAAAAAAAUCUUAAUAGGACAGAUCAGGAACAGUUUGACCAGAGUUGACCUUUUGUAAAUCACGACAGAGCAGCAUUUAUAGAACUUGCAUGUAGAGUCACAUGGGAAUCUACAUUCAUUAACCUUACUGUAAGUCUGAAAUAUGCAGCCGUCAUUAUCUGUGAAGUAUGAAAACAUGUUUGAAUCUGGUGUCAAACUCUAAUGUCGUUGUAGUCGAUCAUUUGUUCAGACAGGGCUCAGCUGCGCUCCUGUGUUGAUUAAUUGAUUAACGUCAUGGUUCAGGCUGUGGUUCCACAACAGGAAAAGUCACAUGGAAGCUACAAGGCUGCUGACAUCUAGUGUGAGCAUCUUUCACUGACCAGUGAACGAGAUGGGGUGUGUUUCUGUGUUCUCCUUUGGCAGCAGAACUUCAGAUUGGACUGUUGAUGAACUUUAUUUUUGACAGCAGGUUUCAUCUCAUCCUUGAUAUUACGUAUUUCUCUAUUUCAAGCCAAGUUCCUGGGGCCAGCGCUCUCUUAAUCCCUUUUUCAAUCCAGGAUUGUGACGUUGUUUUGACCAGCGUUGAUGUGUUUUGUUCAAACUGUGUUCAAAGAAAAAUCCACAGAUGUUUUUAAGCCUAGGAAACAGAGUAGAGUCAGGCAGGUUGGUUGAGGACAUCAAAGCACAGCCUGGAGACACAGAGGUUGCUGAUAGUGGAGGGGCUAUUUGUUCAAACCUUCAGGAGGGUCUGCUUUUACAGCCACAGCAGCACUCAUCUGUGCCAAACAUUACAGACAAGGAGAAGACACACAUUGCAUUUACAUUUUAGAGGACUACUAGAAGAGUUGAAUUCCUUUCAAAGAGGACGAGUGUAGCUGCCUUUUAAUGUCAUCUGAAACUGGCAUUUUUUUACAGUUAACUCUUUUUAAUUACUGGUGGUCACAAUGUCCAAAUCUGUGUCAUCUGAUUCUGGUGCAUAUAGUAAGAGGACGGCACACACUUAUAUCAGUGCGCCUCUAUUGAAAAAUAGCGACACAGUGAUUUUUCAAUACUACUUGUAAAUUAUCUACUACAGAAUAAAUCAGCAAAUCAGUCAGGAUUUAUUUGUGCUUUGUUUACUUACUGAUGAUAGUAAUUUAAUACUAACAUACAGAAAUUACGUGUCACCCAUAAGGACAGGGGUGGGCAAUCAUUUGCCAUGGAGGGCCGAGAGGCUGCAGGUUUUCUUUCCAACCCCAAACUCCACCAGGUGAUUUCACUGAUUAGUCCCUGCUCUGUGCUUGGAGGUAAGGUAAUCAGUGAAAUCACCUGGUGGAGUUUUGGGUUGGAAAGAAAACCUGCAGCCUCUCGGCCCUCCAUGGCACGAUUGCCCACCCCUGCAUAAGGAUCACAUAAAACUGAAACACUUGCAUGAAAUCAUUCUGUAAAUUCCACAGGCGAGUAAAAGCACGGGUGCAGAGCACAACACAAAGAACUUCUUUGAUUGUGCUUUGUCCAAGUGCCUUUACUUCCUCAGCUAAAUGUAUUUUCGUUGGUUGUUGCAUUGUCAGUAUACUGUACUUAUAUGUACUUAAGGACAACAGAACAACUACCCAGCUGCAGAAUGGUCUUGAUAACUUAGAUGGAUUUGCACCUCUUCAAAGGUGUAAUAAACAAAAACUGUAAAACUUGUAAAGGUUUAUAUCAGUGUUGUUUUCGUUGACGCCCCUUUUUUUUCCACAACGAAGACGUGACGUUAACUAGUUAAACAUAAGUCUUAGAUGACUAAAAUGUGACGAGACGAAUGUGUGUUUACAUUGACGAGAUGAGACUAGAUGAAAACGUUAGUGGUGGACGACGAACAGAGUAGCAAAAUUCAUGAGCAUUUCGUCAGUCAAACACUAAACAUAUACUCUGCAGUGUUUAACACUGGUUUAUAUUGUACGUGCUUUCCCUUGUUAAGAGCAUACUUGAAAAGGUAAGCAAAGUUUGAUCGUUGUUUUUUGUUGUUGUUGUUUUGCCAUUGUUAACCUGCGACUUCCUGAGCUUUCCAUAUUCUUUAUAUUCUGUGUGCUGAUUAGUAUGCAGAUACUAAAACAAGCAGAUUGGCGUCUUUUGAGCAACAUCUAUCUUUUGAAGUCAAACCACCUCAAUGCAAUUAAAUCCAAUGAUGUUGAUGAUUUGGAGGCUGGUGGUGUCUGUGUUUUGUCUCCUGAAUUUAAAGCUCAGUUUUCUGUCUGCAGUAUUCUGUAGUGGUUUUUCUCUUUGAUUUUUUUUCCAAUUGUGCUUUUAAGGAGGAUUUGGACUGGCAAGUAAAGGGAGGAGAACUGCACCCCAACAGCAUUCUUUUAAAGACACGAGGAAGUUAAAGAGCUAAAACACUUCUGUCCUGAUCAUGUUAAGGAAAUCUGCUCACAGCCAGAGGGGUUUCUCUUUUUCCAUGUGUUUACUGAGGCAGUAAAAUCUGGGUUGACUGGCAGGUGUAGGAAAAUCUCUGUUUGUUAAAUCUCUGUCUGUGUCAGGCCCUGUUUUGGAUUUGGACCCAGGCCUCAGCAGCUGGUUUGACUGUUACAGCGUCUGAGAGGAAAUCCAGACAGAUGGAGGAGAGAAAACAGGCCUGCUGGAAAACCUCCACGCUGGCUGCUUGGUUCACAGUGCUUAGGACGGGUCAGGGAGGGUCAGCAGCAGAGAAAAUCAGGACAAAUCAAAGUAGGAAUGCGACUUGAUUUGCAUAACUUAGCCCCCAGCACUUCUCCAGAAAAACAAUUCUACUUUUCACUGUAAACGUUUAAGUCAUUUAAGUCCACUCUAUCAAUGCCUCAAGGCUCAAUUUAUCGAAUGUGUGAGAGGAUCAUUAUGCGGUUCAGUUUAUCCUUCUUUAUCCAGAAGUCCUAACCCUCUUUUGAAUGCCAGAGAUGACUGCAUCUGUUCAAUAAACAACAGAAUAUUUUAUCAGGUGUUUCAAUAAUGUUUUCAUCUUAACUUAACUAAGUUCCAGCUGCAUUUGCAUCAGUAUUCUCACAUUUUGCACGCUUUUUCCAGUUGUAUUGAGACUAAAGUAGACGCUCUUUUCUGUCUGGGCAGUGUUUAUUUUUCAGAUAAUGAAUAGUUCGACCACUGCCAAACCCGUUUGCUCCAAAACUACAAGGAACUGAUGAUAGAUGAAUACAGCGCUGGUGUCAGCAUUGGUCUCCUGUGCUACUUAAAUGCAUCUGGUCUCAGCUUAACUGUUUUAUACACCAGCAAACAACAACGAUGUGGUGUUAGCACAAUGUCACAAAAAGCAAAUUGUCUGCAGUCAGUUUUUUGCUACUUAGAUGAAGCAUUUUUCUCCAUUCGAUAUAAACAUAACUUGUGCUCAUGCUUACAAAAGAAAGAUAAACACUCAGUAAAGAAAUCCAAUCCACCACGACUUCAAAUCAACACCCUUCACUGAUAGACUAUGUUGCAUCAUGGUUCCUCAUGUGACCUGAGAGACAGAUGAGCAGUGGGCCAGUACAUCAGUUUGCCAUCAUCCAGCAUAUCCACAAGCUUUACCUGUGUAUGUCACAGCAAAACUUAUACAGCAUUAUUUGCUCAUGCAAUCUCUUUGUAGUGCCUGGUAUCAGGUAUGGUAUAAGAGGGGCUGAUCUUCAUGUAGUUAUAGGAAAGAAAAAUUUUAUUAUAAAAAUCAAAGAUAUGAUCAAAGUUAGGGUGACCAUACGUCCUCUUCUGCCCGGAUAUGUCCUCUUUUUGGGGGGCUGUGCGGCUUUGUCCAGGGAAGUUUAUAAAAUCUUUCAAAUGUCCAGGGUUCUGUAUGGAAGUUUUGAGUUUGUGUCACAUGGACUUAGUAAGUUAGAAGCGUGUAAAAGACACUCAAUCCAACCUGAAAAAGUUUUAAAAUUAACUUGGUGCGACUCCAUGACUCCGGCCCUGUGUAGUGGGGGUUCAGAAUAUGGUCAACCUACACAAACUGCUACAAUACGGUGUAAUCACGGUACUUGGGCCAUAAUACGAUAUUAUUGCGAUUUUUAACAUUUUGCAAUAUACUCAAUAUUGUGAUACAAUAUAUUGCGAUUAAUAUAAUUUUUUCAGCUGUUUAGCUAAUUUAGCAUUUGUCUUUCCUUUAUGUUUGUCUUAUGUAGGCUGUAUUUGUUUUCCAUGUAGCACAUCUUGCAAACCUAAUACAUCAAUUUGUUGUACUAACUUUCUCCUGCUCUAUGAUGUCACCUCUGCCAACCUCACUGGACAAAUAGUUGAUUUUAUUUUUCAUUGUCAUAGAUUUGACUUCAUAUUAGCAAUGAAUUUAAAAAUCUAUUCUUGGUCAAUGAGACGAUAAAAUAUAUAUUGCGAUACUAGGCUGUAUCGAUUUUUUUCCCCACCCCAAAUGUGUGUAUAUAUAUAUAUAUGUACAUACACAUUACAUAUAUUACACGAUAAAACUCAUCAUCAGCAGUGUCUCUUUGAAAAUCAAAUUAGCAGCCUGUUUUGUUUCAUGGAGCUCCUGUUUGUUCACUUCAAUUAUCCAGCAGCACUUCAUUCAGAAAGCUUUUACCACCUCUGUGGUUAAUCAUUCACACACAUCCGGCCUACUGUACGCCAGGAAUGGGGUUAGAUCUUAUCACAUCCAAAAAACCUCUCUCUCACACACACACACACACACACACACACACACACACACACACACACACACACACACACACACACACACACACACACACACACUAACACGCCCAUUUAGAGUGUUACAAUGCACUACUGUCUUCUUUCUUGACCUGUAGAGUAAACAUUGAACCAGCGUGUGCUGCCACAGGUGGAUUGUUUAGGUGAUCAGGAGAGCAGGACAGCUUUAGAUAUUCAGCGUGAUGUAACCGACUCAAAGACAAACAUUGUGGUUUAUUUUUCUCACACUCCACAAUGAAUAGUAAAAACCUAAUCUGUGGUUUCCAACCUACCGGGAUAUUAACAGCUUUUCUUCUCUUUUUAAAAUUUUACAAGUCUAUCAGAUCAGGAGACAGAAUUAUGAGCUGGAAUCUCUAACAGAUGCUGUGUUGGAUCAUGUUUUAGUUUUUAAGAAUUUAUUUGACUCCAACUAGAGCCACGAAGACAGGAGUCAGAAACAAGAUUUUAUAUAAAAAGUAAGAGUAUUUGGGGGAAUUGUGUCUGGAAAUGGAGGAGAUGAACUGAGAGACACUGUACAAAAAUAUGCUAGUGAAACAAAGUGAAGAAGCACGGUCAUUUAUGAAUAACACGGCUUUUCCAAAACACUUCUCAGAUAUCGAGGCAGCAGAACCUUUGUUUCUGACACUUGCAUGCAUCUUCACACACACAGAAACACUUGAGAGUGAUGAAGGUGGAGCCUGCAGAGAGCAAAGGAAUAAUAUUUACUUGGCUGUCUGCGAGGUCUGCAGCAAAUAUGUAUGUGUGCGUGACUGUGUAUUUGCUCUUGUUCUCCUUUGCAGCUCCACUUCCUUUUCAUAAUUCCUUCAGUUCCCCUCCCUCCUUCCUUCUUUCUGUCAUGCCAGCAGUGCAACAACAGACUCUUCCACUGAAAUCAACGUAAAACUGUUGAUGUGGCAAUAAUCUUCCUCCAGCAUAACACAAAAACUGCUGCAGCUGCAAGAUUGUGGCUUAAGGGUGAUAAUCAGGAAAAACAUACAGAAUUACAUCUUCACUGUUUUUCGAGUUGCAUGUCUGACUCCUCAAGGAGUUUUGAGGAACUGAAAGUUUUUCUGUGGAAUUCAGAUCUGACCUUAAAAACCUCUUACUUUCGAGGCCACAGGAUUGAUAAAAAAUAAUCUGGUCACAACAUUAUCAGAAUAAUUCUAACAGCAGGACAUUGUAACAAUAUUGGACAAAAAGUGACGAAAUGUUAAAGGGAUAUUCCAGCGUAAAUUUAAGUUAUGGUCAAACACACCGUAACACCGAGUUAGACACCCCCUCGAGAGAUGAAUGGUGGUGACCGCUUGCUUCUCUAGUUAUAUCAACUUUAGUAACGACUGCACAAUAGCAAUACACAGCAGUCUAAGGAUCCAUGCGCAAACCUCAACCAAAAAGCCACUCUAUAGCCACAAAUAAUGCUCAGAACAGCACCUAACUUCAUCAACAGUACAUAUAGGGUCCCAGCCAUAGUACUAGCCAUCAAACAUCUUUUUUGGUGUUGCAAACCAGAGAAACCUGGUUUCUUUAGCAAAGAGACCAAACACAACUCACCCACUCUCUUCCAGCAGCCGCUUGUUUGUGGGGGAGCCCUGACGAGUCGAACACAGAGUGCAGCAGAGUUUCACAGCUUAAGGAAGAACAUUUAUGAUUGUUACUUCAUGGAAAUGCAAUCAGACAGAGAUACUAAUGCAGAAGAACGACCGUGUCUGCAGUGCAAAAUGAUAAAUAUGGUGAUUAUUACUUCAUGGAAAUGAUCCGCCGCACUCUGUGAUCGACUCGUCAGGGCUCUCCCAUAAACAAGCGACUGCUGGAAGACAGUGGGUAAGUUGUGUUUGGUCUCUUUGCCAAAGAAACCAGGCAAAGUUAAAAAGAUGUUUGAUGGCUAGUACUAUGGCUGAGACCCUAUAUGUACUGUUGAUGAAGUUAGGUGCUGUUCUGAGCAUUAUUUGUGGCUAUAGAGUGGCUUUUUAGUUGAGGUUUGCUCGUGGAUCCUUAGAUCACUGUGUAUUGCAAUCGUGCAGUCGUUACUAAUGUUGGUAUAGCAAGCAGUCGGCAACAUUCAUCCUUUGAGGGGGUGUCUAACUCUGUGUUUCGGUGUGUUUGACCAUAACUUAAAUUUACGCUGGAAUAUCCCUUUAACUACAAGAGUGUAACAAUUUUAAAGGCCUUGAAAGAAAAAAAAAAGGGACUGACUGCUGCAUACAAAAAGUGACUUUAAACAGACAGGCUAGAUAAACAAAAGACAAAUAUGUAUGGAAAUGGAGGAAUUCUAAUGUGUCCUUCGUUGAGGUGGCUUAAUCUUGCAAAAAAGGCCAACAUGUUGCAACAAUCAUCGCAGUUUUACUAGGUUGUAACACAGACCACAGACAGAAGUGUAGCCUAACCUACAAAGCAGCAGAUGUUUGGAGGCAGACACACGAAUCUGAUGAUAACUCAACAGAGGUUAAAAAAAACAUAAAGACAAAAACAUCAGAACAGAAUUUGAACAGGCUGAGUGAAAUAAAGUUUGACAUGUUUUCUGUCAGUUUGAUUGUGAUGAUCUUUGGUCAAACAGGGAGGUAUUGCUCAAGUUGUAGUUACCUCACUGGUUGGCAAGUUAAGCCGGGAAAGUCAGGGAAACUCUGUGAGAGAAUGACAGAAACCCCCAACCUGUGGGGCCAGAUUUCAACAGUGGUAAAUGUUUUUAUUCCCAGUUUUCAGCGUAUCACUUCUGUACUCACAGCUGUGAAGUCUAAGCCUUCUCAAACAAUGGUCCUCAUAGUAAUUAAUGGAUAAAAUCAGCGAUCAAAAGUUAGCAACAACAGUAUUGAGAAGAACCUCCCUAAUGAAGCUAAACAGAUGUCUGUCGAUAGGAUUUCAGGUGGCCAGGUUUAAUAUUGAGUUUACUGAAGCUUUGAGGAACAUAACAGAAAAAAAAAAUUGUUGAUGGUCAACAAAAAUUCUAUGAUGCUGAAAAUAUGAUGUGGCCUCCAGACACAUUUCUUUUAACUUCUUUUAACACUUUCUUUUUUCUGUAUUCUUUUUAAAUUAAGACCUGUGCACUGCUCAAUGUGAGUCGACAAGCAGGAACAAUAACAGAUCUCAUGCUGUCUUUCUUUAUCUUUUUCAGGAGCCUGUUUUCUAGGAAAACCAAAGAGCCCAAAGCACUGUCCCACAAUGCAACAGGGUGGCGACUAUUCGGAAAGACAGCAGCCAGAGAGGGUGAUCAAACUAAAGACCCUGCCUCCCCAGAGCCCACUCAGCAGGUUAGCACCAUGAACACACACAGAGACCUCAUAAUCACUGCCUUCCUUUACAGGGAAUACCGUUUUUCAAACUGAAAGUAUGUGAUGAAAGAGAGAUGAGAUUUUCUGUUUUUAUUCAAGAGUGAAGCUUGUAAAAGAACAUGUGCUGUAUGUUUAGCAGUUAUGUUUAGUUUUUUUUUUAAAUUUUAUUUAAACGUCUCAGUAUUAAAUCCAAAUGCCUCUCUGUUUUUCUGUGAGAGCUCCUUCCCUGUUAAGUCAACCAGCAGGAUAAAACCAGCAAACACAGUGAAGUGCAGCUUGUCAUUAAGCCUGUUAGAAGUCUGAUUGGUUGGCCUGAUGAUGUAGAGACUCUAGGGGCUAAUGUAGUUAGCCUGUGUCUGUUUACAUGCGUAGCGGCUGGUAUGAGACUGUUAAAUGGAUUUGCUACGUGUGUGUGUGUGUGUGUGUGUGUGUGUGUGUGUGUGUGUGUGUGUGUGUGUGUGUGUGUGUGUGUGUGUGUGUGUGUGUGUGUGUGUGUGUAUACGGUCGCUAGGCAACUUCCACUGCCCACAGUUCAGGGUGUAGAUUGCACCUCCACACAACUCCCUCACACCCUGCUCACACACACAACCUUUACACACCAACACUCUUACUCUCUGUCGCCUGUUUGCAGUUUUCUAUGAGGGUCUGCCAGAAAUGACACACAUGAUGUACCCCCCCCAGCACACACACACACAGCUGCUCCUCUGCUGUCAUCUGGAGCAGGUGGCAUCUUUGGCACACAUACAUGUACGCGUACAAACACACACAUUCUCACUUACUGCACCAGCAAGGUCCGCCUUGGUCAAAUUUAAUCAUAUGUUCAUAUCAUACAUACACUUCAAACACACAGGAUGCAGGUGUGUCAUAUGAAUUAAACAUAUACAGUGUCAGUUCAUUCACACUCCAGCCAGAGGCCUUGACACGAGCUCAUCUCGCUGAAAUCCCCUCCAGCGUGUCAUACAAAAUACAUGACCCCACAGUGCAGUGCUCAGGCAGAAGAGUCAAACUGAAGGCCGCUGGCCUCUGUACUCGCUCUGCUCACAUGAUGGCAGCCAGAGUCAGAUGAUUCAUCAGGAAAGGAGCCUGCCAGAUGUGGUUUGGCCUUGCUUAGCUGACACGUCAGACACAAAGCUGUGUGGGAGAAGAAGAAAAAGAGCAGGAGGAGAAGAAGGAGGGAGAGGGCUGACUUCAUUCAAAUAGUCUCUUCUGAAUCUUUAUUUAUCUUUAUACUGAAAAACAGCAAUUAGCUCAGAGGCUCUGAGGGAAUGCCAGUGUUUACUACCAGAAUAAUAACCUUGUGAAUGUGCAGUUAACUUCACUCUCUGUCUUUAUGACUGAAGGAGUAUCAUCCCUGUAGUUUGUUCAUGUUUUGAAUUUCGAUUGAAGUUUUCUGCAAAAAUAUACCACAGUCCUUUCCUCUAACACAUGUUAUCCUACAGCAAACAGUACAUUGAUACCAGACCCUACCCUGCAGUUUAUUAAACAGCCACUUGGGAUUGACCCAAACAGGGGAUCACAGGCCCCCUGUUUAAUACCAAACAGUGUAAACAUAUGUGCAAGAAUCUGGAGAUUCACUGCAUAUCCUAAUACAGGGGUGAUAAUAUGAUAUAUUGCAGUAUAUUGGGAUACAAAAAGCAAGGCUGCACUGAGAUUUUAUUUCCACAAUAGACUACUUUUUUAAGAAAAACGUUACUAUAAAGAACACACAAUGUAGCAGUGCAUUGUGGGCCUUUACAGCUGCAAGAAGUGUGUGUCUGAGAGAGGAAGGAGGACGGUGUCAGAAGGUUGUUUGUUGACAAUUAGCAGUCUGAGACUUGAAAACAACAUGAAACUACUAUCACCAUGUGAGCUGUUGAUAAAAUAUUCACCCAGUAGGUGUGUUCCCGAUACGGUAUUGAUAUCGGUCCAAUAUCUGCAAAAAACAAAAAUCGUAUUCUAUACGACCUGCACCUAAAAAUCUCUGAUAUCAGCACUCUGAUACAAGCAGUCCAUUCCAGACUCCACUCCGGCACCUCUAUCUAGCAGCGCCCUGAUCCAGCAGGCUGAGCUCACAAGAAUUACAACACUGGUGUGUACAAAGGUACUAACAAAGUAGCAAGGAGUAAGAGUGAUGUCGGCCUUGUGGCAGUAUUUUUUGUUUAAGUCCGAAAAAGACAUUGCAACUGAAUGAAAAACUUGUCAUGCAAAAUUUUGUGCCAAUAUCAGUAUCAGUCAGUAUUUAAGGCUACAAUAUCACUAUCGCGUUGGAAGUCAAAAAGUUGUAAUGGGACACCCCUGUCAUCCAGUGCUUAAAACAAUCAGUGCAAUAUCUACCAUAUUUAGUAUAUUUGACCUAAUAAGGCGGCUGAUGAACGAGUGAAACCAACUGUACAAGGUUACUGAAUGGAGAUAGGAUCCUUUAAAUGUCAGCAUGGACCCUGCAAAUGACUGAGUUCACUUUCUUCACCCAGAUAUGAGCCGAUUAUGGAUCGCUCAGAUACUAGACAUAUUUGAACACAACAACAGAGGUACUGUUAUACUUUGUAUGAUGUGUGUUUGUACAGAAGACUGAGAGGGUCCUUAGUUUUCCUGUAGACUGACUGUUUAGUGUGCUAAUAAAACAGAUUUAUGGUCAAAUCAUGGCAAAGGAUUGAAUUGUGAAUAAACCAGACAACAUCAAUAAAAGGAAAGAAAGAUCAUCAGUGUUUUGUGAUGGAAUAAAACAGUUUCAUGCUCAGUUAUAGGAUGAUUUUAUGUCCCCUCAGCCCUUCUGGUUCUCCUCUCGCUGACCCCACCAUUUGACGUCCUGCUGUUCUAAAAUCAAGUUUACAGCCUUUUACAGACACAGUAAAUGACAGCGUGAAGUGAAAAUAAACUGAAGAUAUAUGGAUCAGUAAGUCACAUGAUAUUCACACAUAUGACUUUCACUUCUUCUUCUUCUAACUGACCUUAACUUAGAGCAGCAGCAGCAGUCUCACAGCAGUCAGAGAGGGAACUGUGUCGCCCUCUGCUGGUGCUGCAAAGAAAUCUGAGGACAAAAGGCUCGUUGUCUUGUUGACCCACAGCUGCCUGUGGAUGAAAUGUAAAUUGUGCAGGCUCUACACACACACACACACACACACACACACACACACACACACACACACACACACACACACACACUGACAUAUACUGUCAUUUUUAGGCCACAUCCAUCCUGUAGGAUUUAUUUCCACAUACAUGCCUGACACAUGCACAUGCUUAUGUUAAUUUAUUCAGAGUCAGUGAUUCUUUCUGCCAGUGGACCAGCGUCUUCUUCCUGAGCCAGAGCUGAUGGACAAUCGCUCCAAUUGUGCGUGUGUGCGUUGAUGUUUGUGAGUGUGUAUAGAUGUUUGCAGAACAGUGAGCAUCUGGUUUUGAAGAAAGUCUCUUUGUUUGUAUUUUCCUCACACCCAGAGUUUAUGACAGAGAAAUCUGAAGUCAACAGUGGAGUAAAACAACAAAGGUCCCCAAUCUUGAAAAAAGAUAAGACACUGAACCUGUAACUCCAAUUAUCAUGAAACACAGCAUAAAAAAUAAAGUUAAAUUUUAAUCUUGGAACAGCAAUUAAAAAAGCUCAUAAAGGUUAUCGAAUGGGUCUGUGUUGGUCUACAUGUUCCUCUGCUGGAAAAGUUUGCUCAGUGUUUGUGGACUUGUACAAAACUUCAUAUUGUUAAAGUUCUUUAAAGAGUUCCUGUUGACUUUAGAUUUUUAAGAUUGAAACUUUACUGUUAAACUUGGAGACAACAGUCUCACCACCUUAAGAAAUAUCUUAAUGGGAUCUCAGUGGCUGCUCUGGAAGAAGUUGUUCAAGUGCUCAGACACUGUUUGAAUAUCUGCAAUGCCAUGACAACUGGGUAAACCAUCUGCCGAGGAGGAGAUCAUGUCCUAUUUUAGUAAGUUGUUGGGGUUCAAGAAAAGUGACUGUGACCUGAUCUUUACUACCAUCUGUGAUUUGCAGCUUUACUCACUGUCUUUAAGAUCUUAUGAAAGACUAGAUGACUUGUAAAAAACUCACCCAUUCAGUGUUCUUAAAGCAUUAAGAGCUGCCUGCUUCAUUAUAAAACCGUACGCUUCCGUCUCUGUCGUGUGGGACCUUCAAAGAAAUUCUCAAAGGGAUAAUCACAGAGGUUCAUGGAUGCCAUCUUUCCAAUAGAGACGCAGGAUUUCAACCCUCUCUUUGUUUGAUGUUCACAGGAGGAGCAGGAGGGGGACUCAGAUAUGUCUCCGUGUCCUCAGCUCCCCCUGUCUUCAGGGAAGAGGAGGAAUCUUGAGUUUGAGCCUCUUUCCACCACAGCUCUCAUCCUGGAGGACAGGCCAGCGUAAGUAUCAGCUGGUUGGUUGUAACUGAUAAUUUAACAUUUAUGUGUAACUCCAUAAAUAAACAAUGUAUUUAAAAUAUCAGUGCAGUUAAACAGUCCUUGCUGGUUUCAGCUUGACUGGAAGCAAUGACUUUGAGGCAUAGAGUUUAUCGUUGAUACAUCUUAGACUAUAAACUAAAUUUUCCACACAAGUCUCUCUAAGAGGGAGUGAGAUCCAGGAAAUGACUCUGAGUGUGUUCCCUCUUAUCUGAACUGUCUGUAACUGUAGCUACAAGAAGAAAUUUUGAGAUUAGAGAGAGUCCAGUCAGCGAGGAGCUCAUACAUGAAGCCUUGAAGCUCAUUUUCUUUGCAUUCAGAUCAUUCCAUCAGUUUAACAUAGCUGCAGCUUUCUUCAGACUAUUUGACCACAGCCCCGCACUUUUUUACUGUGAGGUGUUCCUCAAAAAGGCUAUUUGUAGUUGCUUAGCAACACUGAGCAUCUGUUGAGAGCCUCAGCAUGAAGGGGGAUCUCUAUCAAACACAGAGAGUCUCUAUGCGUGUGGCUGAACACCUGACAGGAAGAAAAACGCUGUCUGUCUAACUGGCAGACCGCCUGUUAACUCAUCUGUCUCACUGACUGACUGUGUGUCUCUCUCUCUCUUUCAGGAAUCUACCUGCCAAGUCUGUGGAAGAAACUCAGCGGCACAAAAUGGAGUAUGAGGAGAUGGUGGCAGGAGCCAAGAGAAGAGGUAUAGAAACACUCUGAUCUCCUUUCCUCACAAACCAACAAAAAGGAUUUUGGGUAGAGCAGGUUUCCCUCUGAUGGGAUCAUACUGACUAAACAGAUACAGAUAGAUCAGGAAAGAGACAAAUCGGUCCAUAAGGUAGCUUAGUUUUUUUCUUAAUCAUCAUGUUAAAACUGGACUUUCUAACACUUCUAAGAAUAUGACAUAUCAUAAGACAAGACCAGAGGUUGAAGUUUCUCAGACUGUAUCUUUUCAUUAACUCAUCGUCACUCUAUUAAACUUUUUUUGUUCAGAGUUGAAGGAAGCCCAGAGGAAGAAGCGUCAGAUGAAGGAGCGGCACAGACAGGAGGACAGCAUCUCGCACGCUAUGGUCAUCUGGAACAGCGAGAUUUUGCCCAAUUGGGACACCGUGUAAGUCUACACUGUUUUAUAUGUGUCAUACAUACACAUGCACAGGCUUCGUACGCAAGUAUGGAAAGUAUGGAAAUAAAUGUAAUCAAUUUCCAGGUCUUAAAAAGUACAGGAAAUGACAAAUAAAGUAUGGAACAAUAUUUAUGUUUCCAGACUAUUAUCACAGUUUUAAAAUACUGUUUUCUAAAACAGAAAAGUUAGGAUUUCCAAAAUGUUUCUAAGAAGUAGGGUAUGGAAAAGUAUGGAAAUUCCAACUGUGUAGGAACCCUGUAUGCAGCUUUAUGGUGCUAGAAUUGAAAUGUUCUGUUAUGUGUGUACAGGAAGGGAACAAGGAGAGUCAGAGACCUGUGGUGGCAGGGACUUCCUCCCAGCAUCAGAGGGAGAGUGUGGAGCCUCGCCAUCGGCAACGAGCUCAACAUCACACCAGGUACAGACUGCUUCAUAUUAUCAAAACAACACAUCAGGUGGUGUCGACACAAAUUGUGGUUCAGCCAGCUGCUGAGCUAAUGCAGCUUUCUUUUAUUGUGACGGGUUCUUACAUCACCAGUCAAAGCAGCUGGCUUCCUAUGUAUAAUUUUUUUGUUGUUGUUUUGCAGAGCUGUAUGAAAUUUUCCUGUCGAGAGCCAAAGAGAAGUGGAGGAGUUACAGUGAAACCAGCUCAGUGAACGACAGUGAGAGCGGUACGACACACCUGAACUCUUCAAACCCUGACAUGCUGCUGUUACAGUCCAAACCUUUAGACUGUCAAACGUGUAUAAAAGUGGCCCAUAUAGAAAUAUUACAGACAGAGAACACCACCUAAAGAAAAGGAGCUGCUGAAAACUUCUGUUCUUAUUUUUUUUAUUCUCUUUCUCAGAUGGAGGGGCCUCUCUUGCUGACAGAGAAUCAAGCUUGGACCUUAUAAAGUUAGACAUUUCCAGAACCUUCCCCUCCCUCUUCAUUUUCCAGAAGGUAACGCAUUUGAGCAUUUUUUCAUCAUCCCUUCUAAGCUCAAAGAACAACUGUUUAAGUAUUUACAGAAUACUUGAUACUAACCCUUUAGCUAAUCUUUGGUUACUUAGAUAAUGUAAAAUAAGAUAAGAUAAGAUAUUGUAUACCCUUAUUAGUCCCAUGGGGGGAAAUUCCAAAAUUACAGCAGCACAAAUACAAAUACAAAAGAGAAAUAAAACGAUAUGGAAACUUACAGUAAAGAAAAUAUAUAUCUACAUGAGUCUUAUUAUAUACAUGUGUACAGAAUAUACAUCUAAAUAUGAUUUAUUGCACACUGAGGUUUCUGUUGUGGAGUCUGACAGCUACAGGAAGGAAUGAUCAAGAUCAGCUCAUACAGAGGUUUAAUGUAUUUCGAGUAUAUUAUGAAUGCAUGAUGUCUAGAAACUAAACAUGAAGUUUAUUGUGGACAGAAAAAAACAAAGGGUAUGUUUCCGCGAACUAAGAUUUGAUAAACAGUUUAAGCUACAUAACAGCAGAGAAAAUCAGCGAUCCUCUUAGUGCAACACUGAAGGAUGAUGGCAGGAGGUUCCACACAGCAUACUGCAGAUCAAACGUGUUCAACAAAGUAAUGACGCUUCCAUAGGCUAAUGUGAGAGAGCCAGAAUAACAUCACUAUUAACAGGACAACUGUGAUGCUGCAUCAACCGUCAUCAUCCACAAACCAUCGGAUAAGUCUUUGUUUUUUUCUAAACUGUCUCUCUCUCUGCAGGGCGGUCCUUAUCACGACCUCCUCCACAGUGUACUGGGGGCCUACACCUGCUACAGACCUGACAUUGGCUAUGUGAGUUUACCUAGUCAUUCAACACUCACGCUUGUGUACUAAAUUUGACACUCAUAAUUAUAGUCACAAACUAAACAUGUCAUAUACUUUUGAAGUUCUCAGACAGAAUCUGACGUUAUUGCUGAGCUUCAGCAUUCUUUAACCCCCAAUUUCCACCACAUCCGGAUCGGCGCCAGGUCGCAGCUGAUCGUUUCCAUUCAAUUUGAUGUGUCAAUCUCCACCGCCUUCUUUCUGCGAUUCAGCAGGCUCCGCAGCUGAUCACCAGGGUUCUAUUUUUUCCUGACGGCGCAGCAUGCUUCAUAAAUUCAACACAGAUUAGCCUGUGCAGCAAAAGAAGUCGGGCACUGACACAAAAUAAAACAUCAGGCUUCUUUUCGAAAUAAAACACUUCAGGCAGAUAGUAUUUCACACCACACAAAUGUGGGCGAGGACGAACAAGUCAAAGGUUUUUAGACACCAUUUCACCCUGAUGACACCGUGGAUGAGGAGAUGCUGAAUCUAGAAGUCUAGAAGUAGAUUUCCUCCUCUGGAAGGAAACAACCUGCGGCUUAUGUAGUUACGUGGCUGUCUUUGAUUGCAUGUAAAUCUGCGGGUUCUUAUGAGUUCUCACAAUUCCUGCUGUCCGAAAUCCACCACAAAAUUUGCCUCACAAAUGGUAGGGAUUGUUGGACAACGAAAAUCAAUGCCGUUCUGCAGCGGAGCCGUUCCAGAUGUGGUGGAAAUUGGGGUUAAGAUUGUCUAGUGCAGAGAUUGAAAUGAUGUUUAAUAUUUACAGCUGUAUAGUAUUACUUUGUCCAGCUUAUAUGAAUAUGAUCUUUGGGAGUUGUCUCUCAGAUCAUAAAGCUGAUGGUCUGUUUGGUGUUUCAGGUUCAGGGCAUGUCCUUCAUCGCUGCUGUGUUGAUCCUCAAUUUGGAGGAGGCCGAGGCCUUCAUCACCUUUGCUAACCUGCUCAAUAAACCCUGUCAGAUGGCCUUUUUCCGAGUGGACCAUGAACUGGUACACACAUACACUCUCAUCCAAACACAGCAGGCAUGAUAACUUAUGUUUCUAACUCUGCGUCCCAGCUCCUUCUUCAUCUUCUUUUUGUUUUCUCUCUCUCUGUUAGAUGUUGAAGUAUUUUGCAGCCUUCGAGGUUUUCUUUGAGGAGAAUCUGCCUCGUCUUUUCAAUCACUUCCAAAGCAACAACCUGACCCCUGACCUCUAUCUGAUUGACUGGUGAGCCCCUAAAAAUUGAUGUACUUUGAAGAAGAGUCUUUGGUUUCUUUACAUUUCACACAUUAGACGUCUGUUUCUCUCUGUCUCUCUGCAGGAUAUUCACCCUGUACAGUAAGUCUCUUCCUCUGGAUGUAGCAUGUCGGGUUUGGGAUGUCUUCUGUCGAGACGGGGAGGAGAGCUUGUUUCGGACAGGGCUCGGCAUCCUUCGUCUGUUUGAGGAUGUCCUGCUUCAGAUGGACUUCAUCCACAUAGCUCAGUUCCUAACCCGCCUUCCUGAAGACCUGCAGUCACACACACUCUUCAACGCCAUGGCCAACACACACAUGAUCAGCAGAAACCGCCGCUGGGCUCAGGUCAGUGAACACGACAUCAGUCUGUCUGCUGUCCUGAACUGAUGAACCUGCAUUAGAGUGUUUAAAAUGUUUUGUUUUUUCUGUUUCUUCUCAGGUGUUUUCUGCAUUAAUGAAGGAUGGAAAUAAGGAGACAGAGAAAAACACCAGCCCUGCAUUGAGAAGCUAACACUGGCUAACCCUGAUGCUAACGCCAUCUUUCUUCAGACUAAAUUAAAAUGCUAAAGCUGCGUAAGAUGAAGUGUCAUUACUUGGGAUGCUCAGCUACAGAGCUUGAAGAAAACAUGAGCCGGCUGUGACGGUGGACGCUGGGAUUAGAGCCCCAGACUACCCGGGCAGAGCAGAGACAUUUUGGCCAGAGUUGAGCUGCUGCGUCCAAUCAGGGGGGCGGAAAGAGGAGGCUGGAGCUUCUUCUAAAAUCUGUGUUGGAGGCAGAGCAGUAACUGAAAGGAGUCGGUUAAGUCUGUACUUCCACAGCCUUUGUCAGUAUUUCACCAGGCAGAUGAAAUCUCAGAGAAGUGACUGGUUCGUUGUAGCUGCAGAUCACGGGAGGAGUCAUUCCCCCUGGUUGGCUGGCUCGUUGUAAUUCUGCCUCUAAGCUGGGAAACAAACACCACUAACACUGAGCACUACGCCCUGUGUAAUUCUCAAAGACUCUAAAAAUUCUACGUUUCCGGUGCUAAUGAUUUUAUUACGGCUUCAAAAAUGACCUCUUUUGGUUCAACUAGUCAUGUAGGUCCUUGUGGUUUUGAUUUCACACUAUUUGGUUUGAACUAGACCUCUGGGGAUCUGCGUUAGCAUGGCUCAUGCUAAUAUAGUAUUUACAGCUGAUAGAUUAGCCUUCCACUUUAACCUCUUAGCUUUUUAAAUGUCCAUUUAUAUAAACAGAAAACCCCGAGCAUGGGAUGAAGCUGAAGACACUUUUUAAUGAAGUUAGUUUUGUAAGUUGUAGUCUUAAGGAAUCAAAUAACUCACAUCUCAUCAGUGAUACUAAUUAAGUCCAAACAGACUGUGACAAAAUACGGUGUGGUUUUGAUGUUUUACAGGAAACUAAUUAUCACAUUUCACCAAGGAUGAUGAAGUCUUUUUUUUUUUUUUAUGUUACAAAUAAUUUAAGAGAUCAUCCAAAGUAUAGAAUCCAGUUCUUUUGGAGGUGCUUAACUGGAUGUUUGUCUUUGUGGAUAGAAACAGUUACAGUCACUAUUGUAGCCUGACAGGCUUUCAGUGUCAUACGAGUGAAGAAACCUCUCAAGUGUCAAGAUUGAUCAUGCUGUUUGGAUGAUAAAUCCUGUGGAAGCACUUGAAACCACAGUGAACUAACAGUAAAGUUAGCGUGGGUAAGAGGAGCCCUCACAGUUUUAAAUCAGUGUUUCAGUGACUAAGUUUCCCCUCAGAGCACUUUAUAAAUGCAGCACUGGAGCUACACUAUGAACAGGCUUGCAAUAUUAAGACUACAGAGAGUGAGUCCAGGCUAAAACCUCGGGGCAUUGAGUGAAUCAUUGUGUCUUUUGUUGGAUGUUUCAGGGAAAUAAACUUGAGGACCAACAUUGCUAGUUAAAGCAGAUAGUUAAAAAACACACACCAAGAGCAUAGUGUAGAUACUGGAGCAGCAAGUGGCUCAGUUUAAGGAUUUUCUCAUUCAGAAAAGCUAAAGGAUGAACCCUCUGAGAGUUGCAAGAGCUUCCUGUCCCAAAGAUAUCCUCCUAAAUGUCACAAAAGAGGAGAGAGUCCAAAAAAUAUUGAAAUCUCAACAAGCUGUAAAGACUAAUGUUUUGAUUACACUCUUGAAAAUAAGUAUUUGUUUAUCAAAUAGCUGCAGAUUUACCUGAUAGUUGACAUAAUUAUCUGCAGUUCUAGUUGCCACUCUCAAGCAUCAGACUGGACUCAGAAAAAUCAGAUAUUUCAUCAAAUGUUCAGUCAUUUUGGAGGGUUAACAGGUUUUAAUUAGAGACCUUUAAUCCCCCAGUUUUGUUCUGCUUCAAAAUGCUAAAAGAAAAUCCUGCAUAAUAUUUCUCUGAGUACCAAGUGUCUGCAAAUCACUUUUUUGCUUAACUUACAGCUCUAAACCCACGAGUAUAAAGUUAGCUAACCUGAAACAUUCCCGUUUAAAGAGGUCCGACCCUGCAUAGUUUGGACACUUAUGGUUGAACUAUAAUGUGAAGUAGUUGAUUAAUAGAAAAUGUCAUCUAAAGAUACACUUAAGCCACAAUGUACACACUUGUAGGCUAAAUUAACAACUCUACUAACAAACAUCAAGUUGUCAGUCGUCCUUGGAGGCCUGGGUGAUCCCAUUUUUGACUGUAACCCCACAGGUCUUCUGGCCUGUUUAAGUGCUUUAGACAACGUCCAUCUCUGCUCUGUGUCUCUGUGUUUAACACUCCGUUGAUUCACACACUCACACUACAACGUAGGAUUUACCUGUACCUCUAGAUUUUCCACUCACCCAUCAGCAAAUGAGUAGGCCUUAGCAGAAAACUCAAUGGAGGUGUUGAAAAACUUUUGAGGAUUGAAAAAAGAAGUGCGUUCAUGGACCCACUAAAAGAGAUUUCUGAAACUGGUGGGUUUUUUUUCAGUUGUCUUUUAAUUAAAGUGGGAAGUAAUGUUGCACAGUAAUGUUGGAGAUGCUGGUAAACCACAGUCUGAGUGUUGAUAGUGGCUGCUGUGGGUGGGAUCGAGGAAAGCUGUUGCCUCUUCCUCUUGGUUGCUUCUCCUCUGAUGAGUUUCUCUGCCCCACACCAGUGUUUCACACUCUGACACCAUAAUGAAAUAUUGAUUGUUUGAGCCAGUUAACAUGUGUCCCAAUCUGUACCAGUGUUGUUUUCCUUUUUUUUUUUUUUUUAAAUCACAGAAAAGUGGUUUGGGUUGAAUCUAUAGUGAAAACAUAAAACUCUACAGAUGUUCGUAAACACAGCCAGAGAACCUUUCUUUUUUAGGAUUGUCUUGUGUUUUUAAUGAAAACCUGACCAAAGUGUGAACUGAGCACUUGACAGUCAAACACAAACGUUUGGAGUUAAUUCACAUCAUGGAAUGAGUUUGUAGUCCAGACAUAAAAGCAGCAUGAUUUGCUGUAAUGAUGAUGGGGUGGCAGUGGCUUAGGAGGUAGAGCGUUUGCCUACCAUCUGGGAGGUUGGUGGUUCGAAUCCCCUGUAUUUUUAGUCUGUCCAUUGUGUUCUUUGGCAAGGCACUGGAACUAUCUUGCUCCCGUUGUGUGUCCUCCACUGAUGUUUGUUUGUUGCUUUAGAUGAUAAGUAUGAUGUCUGCUAAAUGACAUUAUAAUUAUUGUUCUAUGAUCUGCAUUGAAAUGCAAAGUCCAAAAUGAAUUUGUGUUAUCAACUAAAUCAGACUAAUUACCCAGGAAGUCCAAAUGAGUGUUUAAAUUCUGCUGUUCCUUUUCAUAUUAGAUCUGUUUGUGAUUGACUCUGUGACCUCUAGCGUAUUUACACACCGUGUUUCUCUGAAGAUCAGAGGAGACAGGUCAGCAGACAAGCACUUUGAGAGGAUGAGCCUGUUUCCGUUCUAAGUGGACUGAUAGAGCAAAUGCAGUGAUGCUCGCUCAGCGCUGUCACCUGUUUGAAAUGAUUUCCCCUCUAAGGUCAUUCCUGUCAUUGAAAAGUCUGUUUGCAAAUGUAUGAAAAAGGUUCUUGUUAAGGUAAAUCCACCUUGACUUCCCCUCAGACCUUUAUGUUUUUUUGCUCAGUAACCGUAAACUCCUAUCUGUGAUGAAUCAUUGAAUGUGAAGUGGUCCUUACUUUCAACAGUACAGGAGUUUUUGACAUUGCUUAUGUAUGAAUUCUGCAAACUAAGCAAAAAGCCCUCUGUGGGGUCUAAUGUUUACUAAUUCAAAACCUUUUCUCACCCUGACAAUUGGACUAAAAACGACCAAUCCUGGAGUUCCAUUGGUUCUCGAAAGACCAAUUAACCCCCAACACUGAACCAUCUGAGAGUCACAGUUUUCUUGAUUUUAAAUCAGAUUUAUGAGCAAAAUCAAACUUAAAUUCACGUCACAGUCUCACAAAUAUGACAGCUGUGCAACAGUGUAAGCUCAACACAAAAAAGCAGCAUGUUUAAUUGAUCUGAAUGGUUGUUGAAGGGUUAAUCCAGGUUCUUGGACCGGUUCUGUUGUAUUAAUGUGCCCAGAUACAGUGAAUCAAUGUUUGUCACACCGAUUGAUUACAAUUAUUCUGUAUCUGUUUUAAGACUAUGAUGGUUAUGUAACAAACUUGGACAUUUAAUUUUCACAGUGUUACAAAACUGAGCUGAUGUGGAAUAUAACAUGUCGAGGAAACCAGGCUUUCUGGUGGUUUCUCUGUGAUGUACCGGGUGAUGACCCCGCUUAUUCUAACACAUCGGCUUUUCUCGUUAUGUAAUCAGUGUUGAGGAGUUGAACGCUAUGUACUCUUAAUGGAUGCAAAUAGAAGAGGCUUUUACCUUUAUAACAUUAUGUUCACUCUUUUAAACUAUAAGUGCAAUACAGUCUGUGUUUAGACAGCAGGUUCAUCAACAUUUUCUCAGAGUAGUUAUUACCCAGCAUCCUCUCUUUGUUAGUGUAACACUCCUUGUCUCAUCAAUAACUCCAAACCUUCAGAAAGCUGCAGAGGGAACAUGAGAUUAAUAUGAUAUUACCCCCAACAAACUCUAUGUAUUCAUUUUAUUUAAGUUUUAUCAUUGUUCUCAGUUGUAUUUUUUACUUUCAUGUAAAUUAAUUUAGCUUUUUUUGUUGUUGUUGUUUAUUGUUAAAUUUCAGUGUACAGUUUUUUUUUCAUAAUGCCUUACAGGUGAUGUAAAUAAACUGUAAAAAUGUUCUUUCUUUUCAUAUAAUGGCCACUAGUAAAAUGUGUAAAUAAAUAUCUCAGCAAACUGAGCUCUAACUGUUUUAAAUGUGUCUUGUAAAUAAGGGAGGGAAGAGAGAAAAUGUACCUUCCCCUAAUCUAUCACAUUCAGCCACUGCAUCUGUUCCACCUUUUAAAGGACAGCUCUUUGUCAGGGUUUAUUUUGCUGUGACGAAAACAGCUGCCAAGACACUUCAAGCCUCCGAAGACAGAUCAUGUAAAUCCUGUUGUCAGAACAAAGUCCUAAAAUUUCUCCUGUGAGGAUUAAAGAAAAAGACCAAAAUUAA